AGGAUGUCACCCGUGGGAAUAAUUGUUGAAGCAAGAAGUGAGUUGAAGCUGCAAUCAGGAUGCGGACUUUCUUCACAGCUUUCCAAGUCUUGUGCAUCUCCAGAGAUUUCCUAGGAAUAAUAGCAUCAGGUAAUUUCAUCGAAAUUCCAAAAGGGUUAUCAAUAGGAGCAGCAACAUCUGCUUAUCAAAUAGAAGGUGCCUGGAACGUGAGUGAUAAAUCGGAGAGCACAUGGGAUCGGCGGAUUCAUACGAAUGCAUCGUAUUACGGUGGUGGAGAUACUGGAGAUGUAGCAGUUGACAGCUAUCACAGAUACAAAGAGGAUGUGCAAAUAAUAAAAAAUAUGGGGCUGAAUCAUUACCGAUUUUCCAUAAGUUGGUCACGAGUUCUGCCGACUGGAUCCCCCGAUAAAAUUAGCAAAGACGGUAUUCAGUAUUACAAAAAUUUGAUUGACGAACUGCUUGCCAAUGGAAUUACUCCGUUCGUCACGAUAUUUCAUUUCGACGACGUGCAGUCGUUGUUUGAAAAAACCGGUGGAUGGACUGACGAGUCGAUCGUUGAAUAUUUCGCGGAUUACGCGAGAGUACUCUUCAAAGAGCUGGGGCCCAGGGUCAAAUUCUGGACGACAAUCAACGAGUUGAAUAUUUAUUGCGAAGAAACAUUCUACAUAAAGGCCACUGAACUCAACACGGCGUACACCAUUCGUUAUAAAUGUGUACAUAAUUUGCUGAAGGCUCAUGCACGUGCUUAUCACAUUUACAAUAAUGAAUUUCGAUCGAGCCAAGGAGGACAGGUUGGACUGAUAGUCCAUGGCUCCCAUCACAUUCCAAAAAUCGCUAAUGACUCUGAAAGCUCUAAAAUCGCAUUCAACUUCGAGACCGGAUGGAUAAUGCAUCCGAUAUUCUCGAAGAGUGGAGAUUACCCGGAAGUCAUGAAGAAGAGAAUAGCAGAGAAUAGCAGAGCCGAGGGUCUGACACAGUCGAGAUUACCACAAUUUUCUCCAGUAUGGAUCGAGUACAUUAAGGGAUCAGCUGACUAUCUGGGCUUGAACCAUUACCUGACGCACAUGGUCGAGCCACUGCCAAAAAUCGGUGGACGAUGGUUCGACGAUUCCGGUCUCAACAAGAGUUACAAUUCCCACUGGAAAUUCACGAUGUCCGGUUUUUCUAUUGUUCCUGAAGGGAUUGGGGCUGUUCUGAGAAAAAUUCGAGAUGAGUACAAUAAUCCACCGGUUUAUAUUUUGGAGAAUGGAAUGGCGGAGAAGGCGGAGUACAAUGAUUUCAAGAGGAUUUCGUAUUUGUAUUCUUUUAUGAGGGAAAUGUUGUUGGCCAUUCGAGACGGAUGUGACGUCAGAGCGUACACUAUAUGGAGUUUGUUUGAUAAUCUUGAGUGGUACUCUGGAUUUACACCAUUUGGGCUUGUCCAUGUGGACUUCAACGAUCCCAAUCGAAAAAGAACACCGAAACUUUCCAGUUAUUGGCUAAAUGAUGUCAUCAAGUCCCGGAAAUUAAUACCGUUUAAUAGUACGUCAUCUUCGAUUACAAAUGAAGAUAAUAGUAAUUCGUCGCAUCGAAAAUACAGUGUUCAAUUUGAAAUUCUGGUGGUCUCGAUGGUCUUGAUGAUGUACGCGUUUUGAGACUGAAAUACUCGGCAAUCAUUGAAAAAUGAAAUUAAUUGAUUAAUUAGUUAAUUGUGUGAAUUGUUUUAAUGUGAUUUUCUCCGAUUUUUUAUGUUUUUUGGGAGAGGAGAAUUGAUGAAAUGAAUUAUGUGUGGAUUUUAUGUAAUUAUUAUUAAUUAAAAGGUGCAGUAUUGAUGAUUUCGAUGAUUAAAAUUGAAAGCGAUUUAAAUAAUUCAUUAUAUUCGAUUCUUUAUUUAAACACAGACUCAAGGAGAGAUAAAACUUUAAUCGAAUGAUGAUGAAAUUAUUUUUGAAAUGGGUCGCCCGAUGGAGGAGAGAGUGGAAAAAUUUCACAGAAUGAGAAUAUUCGCUGCUAAAUUCCACAAAAAUUUUCCGGAAUUAAUUCUUUCCGGUGGAUGGGACGACACAGUUCGGGUAAAAACGAAUAAAAAAUCAUCAGUAAUUACCCAAUCUGGGACAGAAGAAUCGAUAAAGGAUCGAUAAGAUCGAUAAAAGGGCCUCACAUUUGCGGUGAUGCCCUAGACGUUCACG